AUGGCUCUGCUGGAGACCGGCAAGUACUCGCAGGGCUCCGUCCUCGGCAGCGUGAACCCCGACCUCGCCAGCGAGAGGCAAACGGCCUCCUUCAGCGUGGAAAAACUCACAGCCUGGCUGGACGGCGGCGCGGAGCACACGCGGUUACGGAGGGCGGUGGUCGAAGCUAUCGAAUGUGACCCUGUGUUUAGCAGAGAAAACCAGUAUUUCCAGAGCCAGAAUGAGAGGUACGAAGCAGCAGUCCAAAAGGCUGUUCACCUCCAGAAAAAGAUGCAGGAGAUGGGAUGGAGUGAGAACGGACCUGAAUUUAAGUACAUUUACAGGGCAGUGUCAGGAGACAUCGCGUUUCUCCUUCACCGCAUCUUCAUGAGAAGUAUUUCGGUGCUGGGCUCUGACAAGCAGGUUGCUAAAUGGAUUCCUCUUGCCUCCCAGUAUCGGGUCAUUGGAAGCUAUGCCCAGACUGAACUGGGGCACGGAACUUAUCUUCAGGGUUUGGAAACGACAGCAGUCUUUGAUAUCGCUACGCAGGAGUUUAUACUGAACACACCAAAGAUCUCUGCCAUGAAGUGGUGGCCUGGAGACAUGGGAAGGUCAGCAACCCACACAGUGGCCUUUGCUCAGCUGUACAUCCACGGGAAGUGCUACGGCGUGCAUCCCUUCAUCGUGCAGAUACGCAGCCUUCAGGACCAUUCACUCUGCCCAGGCGUAACUGCAGGAGACAUUGGUCCCAAAAUGAAUUAUGAGCACAUUGACAAUGGCUACCUCAUGCUGCAGAAUGUGCGCAUCCCCAGGGAGAACAUGCUGAACAAGUUUUGCGAGGUUCAACCAGAUGGCACCUAUUUAAGACGGGGGUCACAGAAGAUUAAUUAUUUCACAAUGACUACAGUGCGCAUUUCCCUCAUUUCAGACGAAGUUGUAACACCUCUGAUGAAAGCUUGCACCAUUGCUAUCCGGUACUCCGUGGUUCGCCGGCAGUCCAAGUUAAAGCCUGGGGAACAAGAAGCAAAAAUCCUGGACUACCAGACCCAGCAAGAGAAAUUGCUGCCCCAGCUGGCAGCAGCCUAUGCCUUUCAUUUCGUCAACGGCUACCUGCAGGAGCUGUUCGACAGGAGCUACAGAGACAUCCAGAGGAAGAACUUCGACACCCUGCCGGAGCUCCACGCACUUUCUUCGGGCUUUAAAGCCAUGGUUACUCAGUACUGCACUUCAGGAGUGGAGAUCUGCCUCCGGGCAUGCGGGGGACACGGUUACUCCUCGCUGAGUGGACUCCCUUCCUUGUAUACUAAAAUACUUGCCUCUUGUAUUUAUGAAGGGGAAAACACCAUUUUGCUCCUGCAAACUGCCAGGUUCCUGAUUAAGAGCUUCAUGGCAGCCAGCACAGGCCAGGCCGUUCCACCAUCUGUCACUUAUCUGGCUUCAGUGAAACCCGGGAAGUGUCCGGCCAAGAACGAGUCGGAUUUUCUCAGACCAGAUAUUUACACUGAGGCCUACCAACACACGGCAGUCAGACUUAUAAGCAGCACAGCAGCUAAACUACAGGACUUGAUUCAGUCUGGAGUCAAGAAGCACAAUGCGUGGAACCAGUGCACAGUGCAGCUGGUGCAGGCUGCGAAGGCUCACUGCCACUACAUCACUGUGAAAAACUUCACAGAAACUGUGGAAAAACUCGAGACCAAGGCUGGCAUCCAGAAGAUUAUGAAACAUCUUUGUGACCUCUUUGCAUUACACGGGAUCUUCUCGAACGCAGGAUUCUUCUUGUAUGACGGAUACAUAUCUGGAGCGCAAAUGGACAUGGUCACAGCAUCAUACCUGGAUCUUCUGGCUAUCAUUCGGAAGGAUGCUGUUCCACUAGUGGACGCUUUUGACUUCACAGAUAAGAGCUUGAAUUCUGCGCUUGGCAGUUACGACGGACAGGUUUACCAACGGCUUUACGAGUGGGCUCAGAAGUCACCGACCAACAAGCAGAUAAGCCCAGCCUAUGAGAAGUAUUUGAAGCCACUUCUUCACAACACACUAUCGAAAUUAUGA